GGGCCAAUCCCCCUCGACCCCCAACCCGGCACCAAACUCCGCGUCAUCGGCGCAGGCCUCUGGCGAACCGGCACAGCAUCCUUCAGCGCCGCCCUCGCCAUCCUCCUUAACGGCCCAGUUCACCACGGCGGCACGCAAACAAACAUAGGCCCACCAGACGAAAUCACCACCUGGAUGAAAGUCAUGCGCCUCAUCCUCAACGACAACGCCCCUGACCGACAGCAAGCCCUCACCCUCAUAGACCGGCAAUUAGAGGGCUACGCCGCCGUCACAGACGCCCCGGGUACCCAACUCGUCCCAGAGCUGAUGGAAGUCUACCCAACGCCAAGGUCAUCUGCACCGUUCGCGACCCGGUAGCGUGGGAGAAGAGCAUGACGCACCUGGAAGGUCUGGUGCGAUCGUCGUGGGUUCUGCGCGUCAUAAUGCUGCCGAUUCCUGGAAUAAGGCAUUUUAUGGAUUUUCUGGCGUUGAUUGCUUUGCAAUGGCAGAGGAUAUAUGGAAGGAAUGGGGGUCCGGGUGGUGCCUAUCAUAAGCAUAUUGAGUGGUUGAAAGAAGUGGUUCCAGAGGAGAGGUUGGUUUUUAUUGAUAUUAGGGAUGGGUGGGGGCCCCUGUGGAAGGCGCUGGGGAUGGAGGUGCCGAAGGAUAUACCGUUUCCGAGGGUUAAUGAUUCCGAGGCAAUCACUCGGGCCGUGAGACAGCAUGGUCGUCGUGGGUUAAUUCGGUGGGUGUGUAUAUUUGCGGUGGUUGCUGCUGUGUCUUUGGGGUUGUAUUUUCUGCGGAGUGAAGGGAGUGCCAUUGGCGUGUAUGAUCUGAUUACCUUUAAACUCCCCAUAACAUACAGAUGAAGGAG